AUGAGGUUGCUCCACGCCAGCAAAUGGCACAUGGCCGACUUCAUCUCGGACGAUGCCACCCCACGAUAUGCGAUCCUUUCACAUACCUGGGGACUCAACGAGGUUACGUAUCACGACUGGAAGAACCUGUCGAUCUCCGAUGUUUGGGUCGAUACAUGUUGCAUCGACAAGUCAAGUAGUGCCGAGCUUACCGAGGCGAUAAACUCCAUGUUUCGCUGGUACUCAAUGGCUGCCGUGUGCUAUGUUGUGCUUUCGGAUGUAGAAGCAACGUCUGAUCAUGCCGUGUUAGAAGAGCGCAUGGCAAAAAGCCGAUGGUUCACUCGCGGAUGGACUCUGCAGGAGCUCCUCGCGCCACCGCCAGAGAAGCUCAUCUUCUACUCCAAAGAGUGGACACGGCUCGGCUCUAAAAAAGAUUUCGUCGACAUUGUUUCAUCCAUCACCAGGAUAAACAAACAAUAUUUACAGGGUCAAGACUUGAGACAUGCGAGCGUCGCGCAGAAAAUGUCAUGGGCAGCACUGCGCCAGACCUCGCGACUAGAAGACGUUGCGUAUUGCCUCUUGGGAUUGUUUGACAUCAACAUGCCCAUGAUCUACGGCGAAGGCGACAGGGCAUUUAUCAGACUCCAAGAAGCCAUCAUGACCUCAACCCCAGACGAUCACAGUCUGUUUGCGUGGGGGCCAAUCCUCGACGAGGCCGAUAUCGCUUCAUCAAAAGGAGCCUUCGCAGCCAGACACGGCCACUUGUGA